CUCAUGCACUUGGUGAGUUUUGUUCUCCGGUCGAACAGCGUUUCCAGAGUCUGAUCAUUGUUUUGAUAAACUUUAUUGCUAAGUUGUUUUGUUGAAGACUUUUUUUAAAAUAAAAAAUGGAGGGUUUCGAUUACGGAUCUGUCUUUUAUUCGGACAAUUUCGGUGCCGAAGAACCACAAGACGGAAAGGCUCAGAAUUUUCAGGUGUACAAGAAGAAGUUCAAAGAGUUCAUUAGGAAAUUUCACGAAGGAAAAUUCAACUACAAAUACAGGGAUACCUUGAAACGAAACUAUAAUUUGAAAAAGUACUGGAUCGAAAUAAACUUGGAAGAUUUGGCAGCCUAUGAUGAAUCUCUGGCGGAGAGUAUUAGCAAGCGUCCUACUGAGUUUUUACCCAUUUUUGAAGAAGCAGCAAGAGAAGUCGCAGAUGAAAUUACAACUCCAAGACCAGUGGGAGAGGAAAAAAUGGAAGAUAUCCAAAUUCUUUUGUCUUCAGAUGAACAUUGCAUUCCAUUGAGAGGAAUGAGACCUGACACAGUUUCUAAGCUGAUAAAAAUUGCGGGUAUCGUAAUCUCUGCUUCUGGUGUCAGAGCAAAAGCUACGAAAAUUUCCAUCCAAUGUAGAUCAUGCAGGAAUGUGAUACCGAAUAUUCCAAUAAAACCAGGUUUAGAGGGCUAUCCAAUGCCGAGGCAGUGCACAACCGAACAGGCUGGUCGCCCUAAAUGUCCAUUAGAUCCUUUCUUCAUUAUGCCAGAUAAAUGUCAGUGUGUUGAUUUUCAAACUUUGAAAUUGCAAGAGCUUCAUGAUCAUGUACCACAAGGUGAAAUGCCUAGACAUGUCCAGCUAUAUGUUGAUAGGUAUUUGUGUGAUCGUGUUGUGCCAGGAAACAGAGUUUUAAUUCUUGGUAUACUAUGCAUCAAAAAAGUUGCAAAAGCAGGUGCUAGGCCUGGAAGCAAAGAUAAAGGCCUAGUUGGUAUUCGAGCCUCUUAUGUUCGUGUAGUUGGUAUUGCAGUAGACGGAGAAAAUUCUGGAAGUGGUAUCGUUACUACUCAACCAGCAGUUUCCAAUGAGGAUGAAGAUAUGUUCAAGCGCUUAGCAGCAGAUCCCAAUUUAUAUGAGAGAAUCACAAAAAGUGUGGCUCCUAGUAUCUAUGGAGCUACAGAUAUGAAAAAAGCUGUGGCAUGUUUGUUAUUUGGUGGAUCGAGAAAGAGAAUGCCUGAUGGUUUAUGCAGAAGGGGUGAUAUCAAUGUAUUGAUGCUUGGUGAUCCAGGUACAGCCAAGUCCCAGCUUUUAAAGUUUGUUGAAAACGUAGCUCCAGUUGGUGUGUAUACAUCAGGAAAAGGAAGUUCUGCUGCUGGUUUGACUGCCUCUGUAAUGAGAGAUCCAGCAACACGUAAUUUCGUAAUGGAGGGAGGUGCAAUGGUCUUGGCGGAUGGUGGUGUUGUUUGUAUUGAUGAAUUUGAUAAAAUGAGAGAAGACGAUCGUGUAGCCAUUCAUGAAGCUAUGGAGCAGCAGACCAUUUCUAUUGCCAAAGCUGGAAUCACUACUACACUCAACACGCGAUGCUCUAUUCUGGCAGCAGCUAAUUCUAUCUUCGGUAGAUGGGAUGACAUGAAAGGUGAAGAGAAUAUUGAUAUGAUGCCGACAAUCCUCUCACGUUUUGACAUGAUCUUCAUUGUGAAAGAUGAGCAUGAGCAAGAUCGUGAUAUUACUCUUGCAAAACACGUUUUGAGUCUUCACGCUAAUGCAGAGUACAACAAUGAUGAACAUGCGCCUGAAGGAGAGCUUUCCGUCUCACUUCUUAAAAAGUAUAUUCACUAUUGCAGAAUGACGUGUGGCCCACGUUUAACAGUGGAAGCUGCUGAAAAGUUAAAAAAUCGUUACGUGAUGAUGCGCUCCACUACACUGCAGCAUGAAAAAGAUGCUGAUAAGAGAAUUUCAAUUCCUAUUACCGUUCGUCAAUUGGAAGCCAUUAUUCGAAUUUCGGAAUCUCUGGCAAAAAUGAGACUGCUGCCUUUUGCUAAUGAAACUCAAGUCGAUGAGGCUCUUCGGCUUUUCCAAGUAUCAACAAUGAGUGCGGCCACAUCUGGUUCUCUCGAAGGUAUCGAAGGUUUUACAUCAAAUGAAGAUAUCGAGAUGUUAACUCGUAUAGAAAAACAGCUCAAACGACGAUUUGCUAUCGGCACUCAAGUUUCGGAAAAGAAUAUCGUCAGCGACUUUGUCAAACAGAAGUAUCCGGAACGGGCGAUCUACAAAGUUAUUUAUACAAUGCUCCGCAGAGGAGAGUUGCAACAUCGCUUGCAGCGAAAAAUGCUGUACCGAUUAUUUUAAAUGGUAUACAUACCGUCGACGUGCCUAAUCCAACGGCCGGUAUCUCAUGCCCUGAGGACAGCUUGAGCUUCUCCACGGCUUGAGCUCCCGGCAGGACCACCGCCAGAACCACCAGACAGACGAUUCCCAAAAACGCUCUCAUCUUUGCCAAUAGAUUCACCAACAGUCAAACAGCGAGACGACUUGUUCGCCCGGCCGCUCACGAGCGACUGUUUUUAAACGAGUCGAAGAAGGAAGAAGAGCUGAGGCUUCUUCUCUCGUUCGGCUCUGGAGAAUGACACGAAAUACUCUUACUCUCGCAGUUUAAUAUGCCCGGCGUCAAGUGCGCGGCGAAAAACGCAUAACUCUACCGUGUCCUUCCGUGACUGUACUCGUGUCUCUGUGUAUACGCACAUGAGAGGGUAAUUCAACGUUGAAUUUACAAUGCGUACAUGCCUACACCGAGAUUGUAUACAGUCGAUUGGUAAUCUCUGCACGAAACGAGUUUCAAUGCGUCUCUGAAAAAAGAAAACACACACUCUUGGUCGCUCUCGCAUCUAGGAGAGGUCGAUGACACUAUACUAUCUCCUAUUAUUAUUUUUUCGUUAUUUACGCUUGUUAUGCUUCUCUUGCAGAUACACCGCGCGUAAAAAAACUUUGCACAAGAUUUAGGAAAGGCAUGUACCUAUAUAAAAGCACGGAAUGUAUAAUGUGCGUAUGUGCUGUACAUAUGCACUACAGGCUUUCUCGUAAUAAUAAUUGCUUUUACCUUGGGCUCGUCGUCAUGGCUUCGACUGCGCGAGAAGAUGUACCAACUCGCCAAACCUGUCCUUUUCGCUUUCUUACUUACGAACAUAACUUUUAUAUUUCACUGAUUUCCCGCGCACGAUCGUUUAUUCUACGCGCGGACGAAAAUAUAUUUAUCCGAUGCUGUUGUGAGAGAUUUUUUUCGUGAUGUCUCGUACAAAUUGCUAUACGUAGUUUCGAAUUUGCAUUUAUUUCAAUUUACAAUUUUACAAGCGUACAGCUGUAAUUUCGUUUUGCGUUAUGUAAGAUUGGAAAUCGAAGAGUAGUUUUUCGCGUACGAAGAUAAUGCUUGUAACUUUGUAUGUAAUUUUUAGUAAAUAGCGUAUAUUAUUAUUGGCUUUGCAGACAUUUUUUCACGCUAAUAAAGUCACGGAGAGAAUUUGUUCGAUUGAGAAUCCGUAUUAGAGAUUCUGUGGUCCAUCGAUCUUUGUAAUGCGCGGCGAUGCCAAUCCUCUUUCCAUUUUCUUAUCUGCUACAGCAACUGCUAUACCUCUUGCGUGACUACGCGAAAGGAGAUGCAAAAGGCGCGAUAAUUUCGAUUCGUUUAUUACCCAUAUCUCUCUGUGGAUCUUCGUGUUAAAUGGUCGGCGAUGAUCUCAUGAGAACUAGAAAACCUGCGGAAUCGUAAAUCUGUGUGUAAUGUGUGGAGGAUACUCUGUUACUUAUUUAUCGACCGAACAUCAUCCGGUUAUCUGCGUUGAAUAAAUCAAGCCUACAGUUUUAUGGUGUACAGUAGUUAAA